AUGGACGUCGACGAUGACGGCGGGUGGACCAUUGUGCGCGGCAAGGGCAAGGGCAGGAGCAGGCACAAAGGCACGUCUUCGAAGCGUGCUAGGGAUGAAUGUUGUCCCGGAGACGGCAGGGCCGCAGGUGGCGCCUGCACUGAUCCCGGCGGGCCCCCUUUUGCUAGCUGGGCCGGCGGACCGUCGACGUCUUUUGACCGGACCGCCAAGCGAAGGACAGGCAGAGGAGGGAGAGGGGGGGAACGAACACCGGCGGAGCAGUGCGAUCAGCUGCUGAACAGCAUCCGCAGCUGCCGACAGGAGGUCGCCGAUAGCCCCUUCUAUGCACGCCUGCGACAAGUGCUGGCGGAGGCGGAGGCGGCAGGUCAUCUUGCUCAUCUGUCGUACUUUCCGCCAAGUACGCCGUACACGUCGGGCGGUCAUGGGAGGGGUUGCGUGCAACGGAAGGCAGCGGGACAAGAUGCCGUACCAUCAGGCACCGUCGUUGCUGUCGAAAUGGAGAAACCUCAAUGUUGUACGGCGUCCGUUGGCGGUGUCGUUGGUGAUGAUGACGAUGGCGACGUUGUUCUGGGUGGCCUCAGCUCUGCCGUACAGCUGUACGACCCGGCAUUCGAUGACAUAGACAGGCUGGCGCUACAGCAUCUAGGGUUACAGGUGGGGAUUUGUGCAAAAGAGGCGCAACGUGGUUAUAUGCCGCCGGUUUUAACCGACCCCCCGCAGGUUUUGGAGGUGGAUGAGGGCGGGGGCCGGAAAGUGACGGAGCCCACGUUCUUUUACAUGCCACAUUGCGAGGGGGAGCUGUACGACACCCUGUUGCGAGCCAACUGGAGUACUGGUGCCGGCGGCCGCGGCGGCGAUGGCGCCCCGGCUAGCCGUGGAACCCCCCCCGCAACCGGCACCGAUGCGGUGGUGGUGGUCGGGGUACCGCUGGUUGCGCUGCUGGGCAACAGCUUCCGACAGUACUUGGAACGGUGGGAGAUGCGGCUGGCGGGCAGCGGCGGUGCCGGUGGCGGCAGUCGCAAGGCCCAGGAGGCGCAUAAAGCUCGUCCACUGGCUUCCCCUGGACCUGUGGUCCGUUGCUGUCUGGCCGCGGGAGAGAGGGUGCACCACCCGACUGACGAGCAUCACGACGAGGGGGGGGAGACCUUUCCGGGUCCAACAAACCCACAUCUCACCGCAUCUCUCCUCGCCUCACCUAUUCGUCGAGGGGCAGUGGUGGAGCUUGCUACCCCCGACCUCGGCUUCCCGGUAGCUUCCGCAUUCAACAGUACGGCGCUGCAUCUUUUCCCUCUAUCGUACAAACUAGACAGGUUGCUUUCGGAGGGGCCGGACGCGGCGGUUGCGGAUGGGGAUGGGCUGUGA